AUGCUGACAGGUCUCAAGCAGGGCUGGGGGCUCAUUGGUGGACAAUAGCUGCGUCCACAAUCCCAGUGGCUGUGGAAAGAGCAGGCGUGCUCUCUGUCAUUAAAAUUCUCUCGGACACGCAACCAGGCACAACAGCAUGUUGUCGCUGAAAGCUGAAGAACUGUGGGUGGUACUGACUUCCUUCUUCUCUGGCACGCUGUUCAUGAUCGUCCUAGCGCUGCUGUGCUAUUUCACCUGUCGUGUGGCACCCAAGCUGAAGCCACUGGGCACCCCUAUGCACUUCUGAAAGAGUCUUCCCCGCGGGGUUUGUAUCAUCUCUGCUCCAAACGGAGGAUAUAGACAAAAACAAAAUGAAGGAGCAUUUUAGACACAGAUAUUAUUUCACAGCCUGAUGUGGACACAGCAGAAGGAAGAUGGUUUCCAGUAUAACCAGGAAAAUGCCAGGAAUAAUGAACUGGAAUGAAUUGAAUUUGCAGUUCUUUUCAUAAGACGAGCAGUUUUAUAUGUUGUGGGCACUGACAAAACUGAGGACAGAAUGAAGCUGACAUCAGUCUUCCUCUGCACCAGUCUCGUGUGGGUCUGCUCAGGGAAGCCAGAGUUUCCUGAAGAAGAGAAAAAUCCCAGGUUUUGGAAUGAUAUGGCUCAGAAGACACUACAGAAAGCUCUGUCUCUGCAAGAACACAACAAGAACAUUGCCAAAAACAUCAUUCUUUUCCUUGGAGACGGUAUGGGCAUUCCUACGGUAACAGCAGCCAGAAUUCUGAAGGGCCAGAUGAAUGGGCACAGUGGGGAAGAGACUGAACUGGAAAUGGACAAGUUUCCCUAUGUGGCUCUUUCCAAGACUUACAACACAAACGCACAGGUGCCCGACAGCGCGGGAACGGCCACGGCCUACUUGUGUGGGGUGAAGGCGAACGAGGGGACAGUAGGGGUGAACGCGGCAGCGGUGCGUUCCCAGUGCAACACGACCCAGGGGAACGAGGUUUCCUCCAUCCUGAAGUGGGCCAAAGACGCAGGCAAGUCAGUGGGCAUUGUCACGACGACAAGGAUAAACCAUGCCACUCCUAGCGCCGCCUAUGCACACUGUGUGGAUCGGGAUUGGUACUCUGAUGGAGAGAUGCCCCAAGACGCCAUUGAAGGUGGCUGCAAAGACAUCGCCAGGCAGCUGUUCGAGAACAUUCCCAACAUUGACGUGAUCAUGGGAGGAGGGAGGAAGUAUAUGUACCCCAAAAACACCUCCGAUGUGGAGUACCCCAACGAGCGCAAACACAGUGGCACUCGCAGGGAUGGCAGAAGCCUCAUAGAGGAGUGGAAAAACAGAACCAGCAGCAUGAAUGGCCACUAUGUGUGGAACAGACGUCAGCUGUUAUCUCUGGAUCCAAACAGAGUAAACUAUUUACUGGGUCUCUUUGAGCCUGGAGAUAUGCCAUAUGAGCUGGAGCGUAACAAAGACACAGACCCCUCCUUGACCGAGAUGGUGGAAAUAGCCAUCAAAAUCCUGAGACGAAACCCCAGGGGCUUCUACUUGCUGGUGGAAGGGGGUCGGAUUGACCACGGCCAUCACGAGGGGAAAGCUAAGCAGGCCCUGCAUGAGGCGGUGGAGAUGGACAAGGCCAUUGGCAGGGCAGGGCUCCUGACCAGUGAAGAAGACACCCAGACCGUCGUGACAGCAGACCACUCCCAUGUCUUCACCUUUGGGGGCUACACCCACAGAGGGAACCCCAUUUUCGGAUUGGCACCUAUGAUGAGCGAUAUUGACCAAAAGCCAUUUACAUCCAUCCUGUAUGGGAACGGGCCAGGGUACAAGCUGGUGAAUGGAGGAAGGGAGAAUGUCUCCACUACCGACUACAAUCACAAUGACUAUCUGGCCCAGUCAGCUGUGCCCCUGCGAAUGGAGACUCAUGGUGGUGAAGAUGUGGCCAUUUUUUCAAAGGGACCCAUGGCACACUUGCUGCAUGGUGUCAAGGAGCAGAACUACAUCCCCCAUGUCAUGGCGUAUGCAGCCUGUAUUGGCAAAAAUAAGCAGCACUGUAUAUCAGGAUCUUCUGGAGCUCCCUCUGUUGCUUUCACAGUUUUCAGCCUGACCGCCCUUCUCACAUUGAGCGUGGUGCUGUGCUGACACUUUUGUUAAAACGAUAUCACAAGGAGGGACUGCUUUUUUUUGACCGAGAUAAUCUGUCAUGGAUUGGUAGAAAAAGCAGCAACUUUCAACAGACUUGGCUUCAAACUCAACCCACCCAGUUAUACUGUACCUCUUUUUAUUCUUGACAGUUCACAUCAGCUGAUAUAGAUGUCAGGGCAGGCGUGUAGCAGAAUGGCAAGCACUGAAUGUACAGUAACAGCUCAAGAACGUUACAGUAGUGAGGAGUUUGGUAGCAUUAUGCCACUAUGAGUGGUGUAAUCUAUAGAAUUCCAAGCAUGAAAGACAGCAUGCUCUAUCAGGUCCUUGGGUAUUCUAGCAUUAGAAUUAUUCAAGUUUGUUAAUGUACUGUAGCUGAUUAGGCAAUACAUACAUGGAAGAAGAGUAAUGUGCCCACUUGUUUUUUGGAAUUCCAUUUACAAGCAAACCUAUCGUUUUAUAUGUCAAUUACUGGAGCAACAUAGCAAAAGGAAACGACAUCAUAAAGGAAAAAAAAUAGGGAUAUAGCCAAUAACUACUGUAUAUGUUGGCAUAUGACUGAAAACAGCAAGACAUUUCGAGGAACAGAGGGGAAUAAAACACUGCCAAAAGCUAAAACAUAAAAAGAUAACAGCUCUUCAGCUACUAGUGAUGUUUCAGCACCCCUGUGGUUUGCACAUGUCUCUGAGCUUGUGGUGCUCGUACCUGGGCUAUCUGGAACAUGGGUAUAAUCUAGGACACCUUGCAGAAGACCCUAAAUAGAAACAAGUCAGGAAAAGGGAACGUUUGCAGUUCUGCCAUUUCUGAAAAACGAGUCGAAGACUUAAAAACACCCAAUUCUGUAGCCAUGACAUCAUAUGUAAAUAUAUUUCAUUUGUGAUACUAUUACGUGACUGUUAAACAAUUCUGGGAAAUCAGGUAAUAGACCAAAAAUGUGUACUGUAAGUGCUUACUCACAAUAAGAAAUGAAAAGACAAACUUUAAAAUUAUUUUUCAAUGUUUGAUAUUGAAAUGUAUAAUCUUCCUUAGAAAUUCCAACAUUUUACUUUUACUUUAAAGUUUAAAUGCAAACUGUCAUUCUAAUGAAUAUGGUGCCAUUUACAAAGGUGUGAACACUGUAAAUUGGAUUUACAGGUAUAAAUCUUGACCAUAGUGUCAUUAUUCUGAACUUUUUCCUUUAGCCUUACUAAAAUGUAGAUUUAUUUGGGUUCUGAUUAUAAUCUACCUCUCUACUCCUGAACUGUACCCUGAGUUAAACAUGUUAAUUGCCAGCAGUUAUUGACAACAUUGUGAAAUGGACAUUGACACAGCACCGCACACCCUCAUUCAAGACAAUGACUUCACAUGAGUAAAAAUAAACCUUUUAGGUCCGACUAAAGUGAUGUAAGCAGUUUAUGGUCCUAUUCUUUUAAUCUGCUGUGCAGUUAGGUGCAUUGUCUCAUCAAGAAUGUUAGUAAGGAGCACAAACAUACUAAAACCUUAAACCUACUGUGUUUGUUUUUUGCACCCUUGGAGGUUUUUAUUACCUCCAAGCACAAUUUUUCCAUCUGAUCUCUGAUCAAGUAGUGGUGUAAAGAUGAUGCUUUCACAAGCCCUUCAUUUCUUGAAAAAAAGCCCUAUGAGCCCCCUGAGAAAUACAAUCAACUGCUAAGUCAGUAUGACAUAAAUCAACACUGACCAGCUUUUUCUAAUGAGAAGACUUCAAAGCAUCUGUCUAUUAUGGGUCAUGUAAAAGUAAGAUCAUUUUUCAGUAUAAAGAGAUGGAUACGCAGGCCACAACUGUGUCAAUGUCUGUAUCUUCUGGUACAUUAGGAUUGACCUUUUAUCUUACAUGUAAUCUUCUAAACUAAAUAAUCUCCAACUUCACCUGCUUGAUUUAUUUCAAUAAAAUAACUCUUUAGAUUACUUGUUCAUUUUUAAAAAUAUCCGACAGCUUCGAAGCAUUAUGACAUGCUAUGCUAGUAAAAUCAUUUUUAGAAAAUGCAAAAAUGCAAGUGUUUUUUAAUGUUCCUUUUUUUUAAGGCUAAUACAGCAACUCUUGUGGUUACAUUAAGAUAUCGGAGGCAGAUUUAGUUUUAAUAUUCACACAAAUACACAAACAAUAAUGCUAUUGAAAUGCAAAACGUUCACCGCACCCCCUGGACACAUUGAGAAAGCAAACUGCAGGCGUUCGUUUCAGUAUUAAGUUCAUAUUCAUAUUCAAUAAUUAAGUAGAUUAACUAUUCAGAUGUGUUGUGAGCAGUAAAGUUACUUGUAGGCAGAUUACCAUUGAUCGUAGUUACUUGAUUACUCAACAAAUAAGGCACUAUAUUUCAGGAAACAAAACAGUUUGGAAGCUACUUUCUAUGACGCAAACAGGCACAAAUGCAGCAUGAACGAGCUAAAUAGAUUUGGUUCUCCUGCACCAUUAUAGGGUGGCAUCACAUCCCGAAAAAAGACGUCAUAAUAUCUCAGGAAUUUAACAACACUUUCAAUGGCACAAAUGGAGCACUAACAAAUGCAUUGUGUUUCACUGUGCUGUCUGUGGGGAGGUCUAGAAUGUGAUCUGUUUUCUGAUUAAUAUUUAUACACUGUUACAUCCUAGUGUGUGUGUCUUUUGCACCCACCUUUGUUAUCGAGCUUCCUAGUCCCACACCAGAAACCACCUGCUUCCAAAAUAAUUAUCCUUAAUGUUACACCCCUUUACCCUUAGACACUUGGGGUCAUAAAAUACACAAUUACUAAUAAUUCCAUAUACUGUAUGUGACUAAAAAUCAAUAAUCAACUUAUUAGACAAUACAUACAGGAUUCUCUACACCAGUGGAUGUUUGUUUUCUGACCAGGAUGAGGAGUGAAAUGCCUGCCUAUUUUUUGGAAUCUCAUUUACAAGCAAAAUAAAAUGCAAUUCAUGAA